GACUGAAAAUGUUCUUAAUUUCCAAGAAACAAAACGAUAGCGGAACACGAACCAGAAUCUGAACUACGUGUUUGAAAAAACAGCCGUUUACCGACAGGCCAAACCAACGCCGUAUAUAUUUAAUUUGUGAUUGCUUUUGCUAGCCAUCUGCCUGAAAACUUCAUUUUUAAACGGUUUUUGUUAUAUCUUUUAAGGUGCUUUUUAACCAAUUCUCAGCUAAACUUUUGAGAGGAAAGUAGCAAAAAUCUGAGCGAACAGAAGUAUGAAAGUCACAAGUUUCAUGAUGAAUCUCGUGACACGCUGGUUUCUAUUUAAGUUACACUAGCCCACCAUAUUAUUUUUUCAGACAUGUAAGGGAGCCGCACAAUCAUUCUUUAACUUAGGAAGUGAUCAGCAUCAACAACAAUGGCCAACUCAGUGACGAACUCAUCGCUUUUCGAUGGAACCUCUGUGCCGUUCACCAGCAUUGAAUUACCAACUACAAUUCCUCGAGGAAGAGAUACAAUGGAUGGUCCGGGUGAUGCCGUUUGGAUUUUAACCAGCGCUUUCAUCAUUUUCACGAUGAUUUCGGGAUUUGGGCUAGUAGAAUCUGGUAUGGUCUCCAGAAAAAACGAAGCAAAUAUUAUGGUGAAAAACGCUGUUGAUGUUAUUUUUGGUGGCCUGGGGUUCUGGAUGUUCGGUUUUGCCUUCACUUUUGGAAAGGACGAAGGCGCAAAUGCAUUCUCUGGCUAUGGAAGCUUUUUCACAGACGCAGAGGAGACGCGUAUGGGAGACGUCUUCGCACUAUAUUGUUUCCAAGCCUCUUUUGCCACAACCGCCACAACUAUCGUUUCAGGAGCAGUUGCAGAGAGGAUGAACUUAAAGGCGUACAUAAUAUUUGCCUUUACAAAUACCUUAACAUAUUGCUUCCCUGCCCACUGGGUAUGGGGGGACACGGGCUGGCUACGAAGGAUGGGCGUUGUCGACAUGGGUGGGGCCAGUCCUGUGCAUCUCGUUGGAGGAGUAGCAGGUCUGGUUGCAACUAUAAUGCUCAAGCCUCGAGCUGGAAAAUUUAAAAGCUGCUCUGGCGUAAACGCACCCUUGACACAUAAAAUGGGAAGUCCAACAAAUGUAUUGCUUGGAAUGUUCAUGCUCUGGUGGGGCUGGCUCGGUUUUAACUGUGGGAGCACAUUUGGGGUCAGCGGUGGAAGAUGGAAGCUUGCUUCUAGGUCAGCUGUCUGUACCAUAAAUGCUUCAUGCGGUGGCGGUGUUUUCGCUACUUUUUAUAGCUACUUUAAAUGUAACAGGUUGGACAUUCCUUUCUUCAUGGUUGGAGUCCUUGGCAGCCUCGUCAGCAUCACUGCCAUUUGUGGUGUUGUGAGACCUGGGGAGAGUUUAGCUAUAGGUUUUAUUGGUUCAGCGAUUUCUAUCCUUGGCUGGCAACUUCUAAACAAACUCAAAAUUGAUGACCCCGUAGGUGCAGUUCCUACCCAUGCAGGAGGUUCGAUUUGGGGAAUGUUAGCUGUUGGACUCUUUGUUGAAAAAGACACACUCGAGAACACUUUCUCCUCAACUUAUGGUGCUUUCAAAGGCGGCCAUGUAAAGAUACUUGGCGUGCAACUCUUGGCUUGUGUGUCCAUAACCGUAUGGACCAUUAUAACAGUUUUCAUGCAGCUUUACAUCAUUGAAAAAACUGUGGGGCUGAGAUUUCCACUUGAAGAAGAAAUUCUCGGAGCGGAUGCCUGUGAACAUGGAAUUGACCAAUCGCACACCAGACCCGAGAACCGCAUACGCCCCGUGACGGGGUCACAGAACAGAGUAUUCCCUAUUGGAAAUGGUGGACAUUUUGAAGAAACGGAUUUAAAUCCCAAAAACAAUGCUUCAGCCCAUAACAGUGGUCGUGAACCUGCAAAUGAUGACACUGAACUACAAGACUGUGAAGAAUCUGACACUGAAUCUAUAUCCGAACUAUCGCCAGCGAGAAGUCUUGAACAUAAUAAAACGACGCACAGAAAACAACAUAGUUCAUCCCAUGAAUCUGAGAAUACCUCUGAUUCCAACAGUGCCGGAAAUGUUUUUAGAAAGAGGAGGGAUAAAGCUCUCCUAUCAGCGAGAAAGGCCAGCUUCUUCGAAAUAAAUGAGGGUGGAGAACUCCCUAAUGAGUGUUCCCAGCCAAAGGCGAAAGUGCCCGUGGUCAUAACCCUCACACCAGCGGAUGACAGUCGGGAAUUAAAGCUUAGUUUGAAUGACAUCAGAAAACUUACAAAGUAAAUGUUUUGAAAACGUUUUAUUUUCAAGAUCUGAAAAUAGCGAUAAAUUUCAUUCGAAAUCCACUCGAAAAGGUAUCUUUUUUUAAAGAAUGGAGUAAGUGUCUUACAUAUCCGAAUAGAGGUUAGAGAGUGGUCGAAGAAGAUGUAAAAAGCUCGAUAUUCUUUAAUUUUGGUCUACAUUAUUUGAUGUUACAACAAAGAUUUGCCUGUUAUAGCAAGGCAUCCCUGUAGUUCAAUGGUUCAAAUAUCGAUUAAUUGAUAGUACUAAACAUUUUAAAUUUUGAA